AAUAUAUUACGCGUAAAACAACAGCCAAUUUUUAAUAUCUACAUAUAAAUAUCUCUGUACCGCCUAAUUUGUCUUCCCGGUCUAAGACAUUAGGUAUUUCUGGUUCACAAGUUAUUAGCUCUAAACACGUUAGUCCGCACUGGUUUAUCAGUUAGUCGACUAACUCAAUAUGAUCGUUUUGGACUAUAAAAACUAUCGCAUAUGGGAAAAGCAACUUUUUUACUUCGCUCAUACCUACAAAUACCGCAGCAUCCUUGACGGAGAUGUCGAUGAGAGCAACCCUGCCUCCCUCGAAGAAUGGGAUAACCCAAAUUAUACUGACGUAAGGAAUCUUCCUAAUGAAGAGGAGAUAAACUAUUUCGAGUUCUCAGUCCUUCCUAAAUCUUGCGUUACCGAACCUGAGAAAGAGCUCAUGGAACGUCGAUUGAAAUCCAAUCUCAGCGACAAGCAACUAUCUGAAUACUAUCGUCGUUUCCUUAUACUUUCUGAACACCUUCGUGAUUCAAUUCCGGAAGAUUUACAAGUCGACAUUCUUCACUUAAACAAACCACAUGAAAUCUUCAAAUAUAUCGCAUCCAGAUACCAGGAGGAUGACUCACUCAUUUCUCACUCCCAUGAAUCCAUUCCAAAAGACUUACAGGCUGAAGAUUUUCACAUACACAAACCACAUGAAAUUUCCAACCAUACCACCUUUAAAUACGAAAACAUUGACCAUGUCGCCGUGAACCACAAUUUACGCUAUCUCAUGGGCAUGAAAUUCACAUAUGGCACCGACCUCACCAAAUUUUUUGCUGAGAUGAAAGGAAUAUGGGCGAAGAUUCGUGACCCCGAACCCUACCGUCUCAUGCCAGUUGACAUAUUGAGAUGUACUGUUCUUCUCGCGAUGCCCAAAGAAAUGUCCGACUCGGUCGAAAUUGCUCAGCAUCUAUGCAGUGAGACGAACUCACCACAAAAUUUAAUGGACGAACUUAUCAGGCUUUACAACACUUAUCACAAAGAUGCUCGCAAUUCUCAGUCCUCUACUUCUUCCUCUGACUUCCAAUCUUCUGCCAAAUGCAACUUCUGUCUCCUUCGCGGUGUGAAAAAGGUCAACCACUCCUCCGAUGCCUGUCGCUCUAGUCGAGCUCUUCAAGAUCUUCUCGAUCCUGAUACUAACUCUCCAGAAAUCCCUGAAGCUCUUAAUCAUACUACUGGUACGUCUCAUGAUCCCGAGUCUGCAAUCUUCUCUACAGGUGUCUCUUUACACAUCACUGGCCGUCGCGACCUAUUUGUGGAUUUCAUCACCAUUCCUCCCAAAAGCAUUCGGGGUAUCAAUGGCUCAAUAAUCCAGGCUACUGGUAUCGGUAAGGUAAGGUUCCAAUAUGCAGUAGGCAAAUCUAUUAAAACAAUGGAACUCAACGACGCGUACUUCGUGAAAGACUCUCUUAACACUCUCAUUUCUGUCAGUAGUUUUAGUCGUAAUAAGCUCUCUGUUUUAUUUGCUCCUAAUUUGAAUUUCGGCCUUCUCCUCAAUGCCAAACUUCAUCCACUUUUCAAAAUACCUGUUACAGAUGGUCUUUUUAAGAUUAAGAUUUGUCACUUACAUAAGUUGGUUCCUUAG